GCUUAAACCUUUUUUUUUUUAACUGUAAGAUACAACUGCCAUGCAUCUGGAGCUCUUACUAGUUUGACCCCUUUUAAAAUUUCUGCUCAUGGUUCUGUGGGUUACUGAAGCAGUGCAAAAGCAGGCCGUGAAGUGGGGGCACAUUAUUACUCCUAACCCUGAGGGGAAAGCUUUUGGUUCCAUUCUGGGAUGGGGGACAUGUCUUCCUUGGGUAGUCUUUCUUACUGCGUAUCCUUGUUCUGUGACACUGCUUACAUCGCCGGUAAGUUUCAUAGCCCUUUUUUCAGGAAUGGCGGUAACCGUGUUUUACUUGAGUGCAUGCCCCUUUUUAAAGGUACUCCUGCUGUCUGCUGUAGCCGGUUGUUACCAUGAAGAUAUUCUUGCUGGAUCUCAUUAAAAUAGGCUGCUAUUAAGGAAAAUAUACACUGCCUACUGAAUACAAAGGGACUGUCUUUGUUAUUCAUUAAGUGUUCUAAGAUUCUAAGAACUUGAACAACAAAAGGCAGAAAUCCAUGUUGUUCAUGUGUAUAAUCCUUUAUCUUUCACAAAAUUGUAAAUUAUGUCAGGACAAAUUUUAUUUAUUUUUUUCCUUUUCUCCAAUUAUGCAAUAAAACAAAACAGCUAGGCUCUUACUAAUUAGAAUUCUGAAAACCCCCAUUGCUACUCUGUGCAUACACUGUCUACUCUCCAUGGUGAGACUCAUUUCACUCCUAAUCAGGGCCUUUGGGAGCAUGGGUGCUGGUUGUGCAGAUAUCUGUAUAUCAUUUCAGGGGUCAGUGACAUUCAGAGAUGUGGCCAUAGACUUCUCCCAGGAGGAGUGGGAAUGGCUUCAGCCUACUCAAAGAGAUUUGUACAGACAUGUGAUGUUGGAGAACUACAGCCACCUGGUUUCACUGGCAGGUCUUAACAUUUCUAAGCCAUAUGUGGUUUCCUUAUUGGAGCAAGGCAAAGAGCCCUGGUUGGAGAAAAGAGGUGUGAGAAGAGAUCUGUUUUCAGAACCAAAUCGUGAGGUCAAAGAGUUUUCUCAAAAAAAUGUCAUUUAUGAAGAUGACUCACCCCAGUGUUUGGUAGUGGGAAGAAUUCUAAGCCAUGGCCCUGAAUAUUCCAGUUUUAAAGGAGGCUGGAAAUUCGAGGAAGAUACUCAGAUGCAAGGAAAUCAGGGGUGUAUCCGGCAAGGAACAGUGUCUCAUCAGGAAGCCCUGUCUCAGCACACGAGUAUCAAUACCGUGGAGAGGCCCCAUGGAUGUCAUGAAUGUGGGAAGACUUUCAGUCGGCGCUUUUCCCUUGUGCUACAUCAGAGAACUCAUACUGGAGAGAAACCAUAUGUGUGUAAGGAAUGUGGCAAAACCUUUAGCCAGAUCUCAAACCUUGUGAAACAUCAGAUGAUACAUACUGGAAAGAAACCCCAUGAGUGUAAGGACUGUAAUAAAACAUUCAGUUAUCUCUCAUUCCUCAUUGAACACCAGAGAACACAUACUGGGGAGAAACCCUAUGAAUGUACUGAAUGUGGAAAGGCCUUUAGCCGUGCCUCAAACCUCACUCGACAUCAGAGAAUUCAUAUAGGAAAGAAACAGUAUAUAUGUAGGAAAUGUGGGAAAGCCUUUAGCAGUGGCUCAGAACUCAUUCGCCAUCAGAUUACACAUACCGGAGAGAAACCUUACGAAUGCAUUGAAUGUGGGAAGGCAUUUCGCCGUUCUUCACACCUUACUCGGCAUCAGAGCAUCCAUACUACCAAAACCCCCUAUGAAUGUAGUGAGUGUAGGAAAGCCUUCCGAUGCCACUCAUUCCUUAUUAAACAUCAGAGAAUUCAUGCUGGAGAAAAGCUCUAUGAAUGCGAUGACUGCGGUAAAGUUUUCACGUGGCAUGCAUCCCUUAUGCAACAUAUGAAAAUUCAUACUGGAGAAAAGCCCUAUGCUUGUACUGAAUGUGCUAAAACCUUUAGCCGGAGCUUUUCCCUCAUUCUACAUCAGAUAACUCACACUGGGGAGAAGCCCUAUGUAUGUAAGUUUUGCAAUAAGUCCUUCAGCUGGAGCUCAAACCUUGCCAAACAUCAGAGAACACACACUCUAGAGAACCCUUAUGAAUAUGAGAAUUCAUUUAAUUAUCACUCGUUCCUUACUGAACACAAAGGAAUUCACGCUAUAGAGAAAACAUAAGAAUAUGGAUUAGGAAAAGCAAACAGUUAAUGCCUUAACUUUGACUUCAAAGGAUUCUUGGGAAGAAGCCUUAUGUGAAUAUGUUCAAUGUGAAGAAAAAUGGGUCAUACUUGAUUCAACAUCCUGGAGAAAAAAUAACCUAGGAAUAUGUGGGAAAGCCAUUAAUGGCUUUGCAUUCUUUUUGUAAUAUCAGAAGAUGAAAUCAGUCAAUACUGAGAAGCCUUCAUCUGGUGAGAUUCCCUUACUCUACAUUUGUAACUUCCUACCAGACAAGGAUACGUGGCCAAUAGAUGUGAGAAAGCUUUUAAUUAGAAAUUGGCCCUAAUUCUGCAUCUGUCGGCUCAAACAGGGCAGAAUGUGUGGGUAAGAUUGCACUUUUUCUUGGACAUCAGAAAAUUCAUAAUGAAGCAAAGUCACGCAAACACAAUGAUUCAGGAGUGUUUUUUGUACCAUGCACUAUUUAUUAGGUUUUAAAAUACUCUUCUAAAGAGAAAACACAACACUAUAAAUGAACUGAAUAUAGGGUGACUUUCUGCAUUAUAUCAAACUACAGAAUUAUACUGGGGGGAAAACUACCAUUGUAAUGAGUGUGGCAAAAUCUUAAGAGUUCUGAGAAGUCAUACUGGAGGGAAUCUGUGGGAGGUUUUUUUUUGUUUUUGUUUUUGUUUUUUUCUUCUUUUUUUGGGGGUGAGGUGAUUUUUGCUUUAAAGCAAAUUCAAAAAGCUAUGAAUAAAUAUUUUCUAGUUAAUUAAUCUAGUACUUGCAGAGUUUUUUCCACACAUUUGUGAUUGUGAAAAUGCAACUACCACAAUAUUGAUAUCACUAACAAAGAGUAGUGCACUUUUGUUGAAACAUACAUGAUUACUGAAACAUUUUUAAUAUAUUAUGGCUUUAACUGUGAGACAGAAUUUAGAUUUAAGGUUAUGCUAACUCAUGUUUAUCCUUGAAUAUGACUAGACCUGUUUUAGUCUGAAAUAAAUGUAAAUAAGGUGUGUCACAGGAAAAUGCCAAGGUAGUUUUCCUCUUUUGUUCCAUUUACAGUAGGAACAUUUCUUUUUUGUAAGCACCUAUUUGUCAAAAUAAAUCAGAUGAUGUUUUCACUCUCCAUGUA